CACCGAACGUGCACGGUACAUAAUCUUCAUUCUACAGAGCGUAGUAUACAAUCAAUUAUCGUGUAUAACGGUAUGCACGUGCGAAGGAUCGCUCCACUGAACUUCCAUCGAAAUCACAACUUCAUAUAUUUCAUUCCUACAAUGAAGUCAAGUCAACUUCUGCCCUGAUGUUGUUCACUGGCUACGGAAGACAGAGAGCUGAUUACAGUGGAGAUUCCAGUGGCCUGGUGGUUGGCGAAUGUCGAGCCAACCUUGGCCGUCUCCAGUGAGGAACUACCCUCAAUGUCAUUCGCAGACAGUAAUCUCCACGUCGACGAGCUCCAGUUGGAAAAGAACGAGGUGCUGUUUAGCAGGAUCAAUUGGCAGCUGAGGGAGCUGAAUAGGGUGGCCGGGGCCAAACAGUGGUGGUCCAUGGUGGGGGAGCCCACGGACCCCGAGGAGGACCAGGUCACCGUGGAGACCAGGACGGUCUGGAGGAACAAGUGGUGUAGCGUGCUCCUACCCCAGCUGCUGAAGAGCUCUGGUAACCUGUUGACAGUCUCUCAGAAGCGACAAGUGUACCUGCUGUGUCGGGGUCCCAAGUACACGCCCAGUCAGGCCAGGGAGCUAAUGCUGGUACUGAAUGAAUUGGAGGAGCAUUACGUGAAUAUUAGAGUGUGUAGAGGCCCUCAGUUUUCGUGUUACAACAUCGAGCCAGACCUGGAGCGACUCAUGAAGACAUCCAAGGACCCUGCAGAAUUGCUGUGGGCUUGGCAGGAGUCUCGGAGUGCCAUCGGCCCACCAAGCAAGAUGCUCUACCCUAUCCUUAUAGACAUCCAGAACAAAGGGGCUCAAAACAACGGGUACUCAGAUAUCGGUGUCUGCUGGAGGGAGGAACUUGAGACGGACGGGUUGGAACAGGUAGUAGAGGAUCUGUUCCUGGAAGUACGGCCGUUGUACAGGAAACUUCACGCCUACGUGAGGUUCAAGCUUUCGGACAUUUACAAUAUUGAUUCUAAGGACCUUAUUCCAGCUCAUCUUUUGGGGAACAUGUGGGCCCAAAACUGGGAUUCACUGUUGCCCUUGUUGUUGAACUCAUCGUUGGACGUGGAGGCGGCGUUCCAAGCCAAGAAGUACAAGGUGGAGGACAUGUUACGGCAUGCCGAGGAUUUCUACGUGUCGCUGGGGAUGGAGAAAAUGCCGCCGCAAUUCUGGAGUCGCUCUCAGAUCCUCAAACCCAACCGAUCCUCCUCCUGCCACGCCACGGCUGCCAACAUGUACACCGACGACGACUUCAGACUCCUGAUGUGUGCUCAAGUCUCGUUGGAGGACUUCUACGUGAUCCAUCAUGAGAUGGGACACAUUCAAUACUAUAUAUCUUAUAAGGAUCAGCCCACCAUAUUUCAGGAAGGAGCAAAUUCUGCUUUUCAAGAGGCGGUAGGUGACUCUGUGAUGCUAGGCGUGAUGAGCCCUCAACAUCUAGAAAGGCUUGGAAUCCUGGACCUUUCCUUGCUGUUAUCAGAUGUUGAUACGACGUUACUCCUGAGGAUGGCGCUGAACAAACUUCCCCAACUGGCUUUCGGACUAGUGGUCGACAAGUGGCGGUGGGCUGUGAUGAGAGGAUUGGUGCACCCUAGUCACUAUAAUCGUGCCUGGUGGGCUCUCCACACCGAGUACAUGGGGGUCCGUCCUCCCACAACUCGCUCCGACGCAGACUUCGACCCCGCCAUCAAGUUCCACAUAAUCGACAACACCCCCUAUAUUCGGUACUAUCUCGGAGCAUUCCUGCAGAUGCAGUUCCUCGAGUCCAUGUGUCGCGCAGCCCUACCCGACAACCGAACAGACAUCCCGUUUCCUCUGCAUCGCUGUGACAUCUACGGUUCCUACCAGGCUGGAUCAUUACUUAAGAACAUGAUGAGGCUGGGGACGAGCGUGAGAUGGCAAGAAGCCUUACGGGUGGCGACUGACGGCCAAUACAGCUGGUACUCCGCAAAACCUCUUCUCCAGUACUUCAAACCGCUGGAAAACUGGCUCGACCUGCAGAUAUCUCGGCAUCAGAUCCCAGUCUGGUUCGAUUCUGAAUCGGAAUAACACCAAACUGUACCUGUACUUCUCGAACGGUCAAAUAUUGUCUUGUUCUAAAUUAAACGCUUACACAUUGUCAUAAACGCUUACUUCCAAUUUUUGGUAUUCAUUAAAUUUUGCUUUCAAAA